AUGAAGAUGGAACAUAACCCUGCAACUCCCAAGGAGGAGAUUCCCAGUCAGCUGCAGGAUCCACUGGAGAGAAGAAGGUUGCAGAAUCGCCUUUCUCAAAGAAACCACCGUAAUGUAAUCCCUAGAAAUGUCUUUGAAAGCCGCAAAACCAGAGAUCGCAUUGCAAAGCUCCAAGAGCGUGUUAUUGCCAAUGAACUCAGAGCAGCAGCAGCCCUAAACGGGUGGGACCAGCAAUAUAGGCCGUCACCCUGGUCACAAAACACACACCCAGCUCUAUCCGACAAUAGUCUGGAUUUCGAUUCUCGAGAUCCUUCUGUCCUAGGCACAGAGCCUUCAACGCCGUUCAUGCCGUCAUAUCCUAUUUUCUCCUCCACCUCGUGGCCAAAUGAUUUCAAUGUCUUUCCUUCGAAUUGCUACCACCCGCCUUCUGGUGGUGGGGGAGUGUUGACCCAUUCAAAUGGAAUGUCAUCAUCCACUACAGCUGGUCUGGGCGGAGAUACAUUCCGAGAUAUGAUACCCACUGGAGACACAUUGCCGUCAGAGUCAUUUCCUGCCCCAGGCAACCAGCCUUCAUACUAUGUUGCAACUGGUUAUUGUCUUGGUUCCUCCAGAGUCGCCAGCAUCUAUGUCCAUACCAUCCUUUCCGCCAUCAAACUUAUGCAACAGACUUGA